AUGCGGCUCUCGCUCCUGUCUCCUCCUUCACUGGUGGCAUUCUCCUUGCUCCUCAAAGCUGCCAUGGCGAAACCAUUUGUCCAUCUGGUCUAUGCCCAUAACUCCACCUGUCUCGAUUUCAAAGCUGUCCCUGCUUGCUUCGGACCUCUGCUGCCCCGAAUGGGUCUCACGGGUUACCUUGUUGAGGCAGUGCCCAUGAACGCCUGCCUCCCAAUUGAGGCCCCUCCGGCUUCCAACAGGACCCCUCCAAGUUUCAUUGUACUCAUCCGUCGGUACGACUGUUCCUUCGAUGUCAAGAUCUCCCAUGCCCAACAAGCUGGGUUCCAGGCUGCCAUCAUACACAAUGUCUACUCAGAUUUGCUGGUGAGCAUGGCCAUCAAGGUAAAGGAGAGUCGGCAGCAGGUCCAGAUCCCUUCCCUCUUUAUCGGGGGGUCAGCUGCCAAGCUCUUGAAGAGGCAGAUCCGUUCUGAGAAGGUCACCCAAGUCACAGUGGUGGUGCCUUGGGGUUACUACAACCCCUGCUGGGACAAGGUGGAUAUAUCUUUUUGGGACCCUGCUCAGCAUUACUUGCACUUUUGGCCUGGUUACUGCACCCAAAAACACAUCGUUGUAUUCAUCCAAGAGUUUGGGUUUUUUAUCAUUCUUGGAAUGGGUGUGAGUUUCUUGCUAGUUGCGGGUUGGAUGAAGUGGUACCGAAGGGACAGUGACAUCAACGUGAAGACCUACAAGAGAGGUGACAGAUAUGAGUCGUGCGUCAUCUGCAUGGCCGAGUUCGAAGCCGGCGAACGGCUGAAAAUCCUCCCUUGUGGCCACGCCUUUCACAACACCUGUAUCAACACAUGGCUUCUCAUUCAGCCCAGGGAUGGGAAGACCUGCCCAAUUUGCAAGCAGAAGGUCAACACUGCCACCUAG